GAGUUUACAACUGUAGUAUGAGUUGAACAUCGCUGCAUGUAUCCUUGUUGUUGACGCUUCAGCUGCUCAAAAGACGUUCCCCAUUCCUCUUGGCAUUAAUUUGAGGAGAUCUUGUACGAACCAAUUGCAGUGUCUAUCGUUAAGUGACGCGACGGAACACACCCGCCAUGAUGUGUCUAAACCUGACAGUCAUUGCCGUUCUCUUGUUUCUUGGCACGCGUGGAGCAAAUGCACAGUGUUACAACUGCUCACACAGCGAAGUUGGCCAAGGAAUGAUGGAAACUGGUCAGAAAGGUUGUGCAGAUCCAUUCAUUGCCAGCGGUAUAGACAGAAUUACUUGCAACGGCAAAUGCACGAAAACAAAAAUGGUGAUGCAGCCUUCACCAGACGGAAGGCAACCAGCCAUGUAUAUGAUUAGCCGCAGCUGUUCUCCACAUGGUGCUCCGUGUGUGGAAGGGGAUCAGGUGCUGAUGAACAACGCAACCAUGUCACAGUUUUGCUGUACGGGGGCGCUCUGCAACGGUCAGGGUAUGGUUGGAUUCAGCGGCUUGCUUGGUCUCCUUGCUCUGCUGACUACAGCAGCAAUUUUUUACUAGUGCUGGCCCGUUCUUGAAAAUUAAAGCUAUAGUCCAUCAUUUGCAGCCAUCCGAAAAA